UGCGCAGAGCGCGUUUUGGCGCGCGCUUCUUAAACCAGGCGGCGGUCCCGCCGGCUGCGCGCCUUGAGUCCUGCCGGGAGCUGUAGUCCGCCGGAAGCAGCUUGAGGGGUCCAACGUGUGACCUAGGUGGCCGCUGACGCGGUGUUUGUCGCCUCCUCUCGCCAAAAUUGAGCCGCACCUCUGGAGCGGGUUAGUGGUGCCGGGGGUGGAGCCGUGCCUCCCGCGGCCCCAGAGGUACAGUGAAGCAAGCGGUGGAAAAAUAUUGUAGAGAAAGAUGCCUAUUGGAUCCAAAGAGAGGCCAACUUUUUUUGAAAUUUUUAAGAGGCAAUGCAGCAAAGCAGAUUUGGGACCAAUAAGCCUUAAUUGGUUUGAAGAACUUUCUUCGGAGGCUCCACCCUGUAAUUGUGAACCUGCAGAAGAAUCUGAAUAUAAAGUCAACAGUUAUGAGCCAAGUCUAUUUAAAACACCACAAAGGAAGCCCUGUUAUCAGUUAGCUUCAACUCCAAUAAUAUUCAAAGAGCAAAGUCAAACUCUACCACUAUACCAGUCUCCUUUAAAUGAAUUAGGAAAGGAUAUUGCCAAUAGUGAACUUAAAAGUCGUCGCAUAAUGAAGGCUAAUGUGGACCAAGCAAAUGAUGUUGCCAGUCCACCUCUAAAUUCUGGUUUCAGUGAAAGUCCUCUUGUUCUACGAUGUACACGGAUAACACCACAAAGACAGAAGCCAGUGAUAUGUGGAAGUUUAUUUCAUACACCCCGGCUUGUGAAGGGUCAGACACCAAAUCAUAUUUCUGAAAGUCUAGGAGCUGAGGUGGAUCCUGAUAUGUCUUGGUCAAGUUCUUUAGCUACGCCUCCAACUCUUAGUUCUACUGUGCUCAUAGCCAGAAAUGAGGAAGAAUCUGAAACUGUAUUUCCUAAUGAUGCCUCUGUGAUUUUGAAGCACUGUUUGUCUAACCAUGAUGAAAACCUAAAGAAAAAUGAUAGAUUUAUCCCUUCUGUGAUAGAAAAUGAAAACAAAAAUCAAAGAGAAGCUAGUCAUCAUGGAUUGGGGGAAACGGUAGGAAAUUCAUUUGGUAAAGUAAGUAGCUGCAAAGAUCACUUUGGAAGGUUAAUGCCAAAUCCCCUAGAAGAUGAAGUAAGUGAAACAGUCACGGACAUUUUUGAAAAAGAUAGUUUUUCAUUAUGUUUUUCUAAGUAUAGAACAGGAAAUCUACAAAAAACAAGCAAGACUAGGAAAAAAAUUUUCCAUGAAGCAAGAAUUGAUGACUUCACAGAAGAAGCUAAAAAACGCAUGAAAGAAAAUAAACAUUCAUUUGCAUCUGAAGUGGAACCAAAUGAUAGUGAUCCUUUAAGUUCAAAUGUACCAAGUCAGAAGGCUUCUGCCCAUGAAAGUGACAGAAUCUCCAAGGAAGCUGUACCAUGUUCAGGCUGUAAAUGGUCUCAGCUAACACUCUCAGGUCUAAAUGCAACCCAGACAAAGAAAAUACCUUCACUGCCCGAUUCAUCUUAUGCCCAAAAUAAUUCUGAAAAAGACAUAAUAGAUAGUGAAAAAGAAAGUGCAAACCAUAGUACUUCAGAAAAUUCUUUGCCACAUAUUUCUAGUUUACCAGAAAAGAUACCAACUGGCAAAAAACCUGGGGGUGAGAGAGAUGAAGGGCAGCAUCUUGAAUCUCAUGAAGGCUCCGUUCUUGCAGUGAAAGAGGCAGUAUCGGGGACUUCUCCAGUAACUCCUCUAUUUCAGGGUAUCAAAAGGUCUAUAUUCAAGAUAAGAGAACCAUCUGAAAAGACUUUUAGUACAGUUUCUUCAGAUAAUGUGAUCAAUCCAAACUUUAAAGAAGAAACUGAAGCCUUUAAAAGUGGGUUGGAAAUAUAUACUGUUUGUUCAGAAAAAGAGGAUUCUUUAUGUCUCAGUUCCAUUGAUAACGGAAGCUUGCCAGCCUCUGUCACACAUUCUUCUGAAACUUUGAAGAAUACAGGUUUAAUAUCCACUUUGAAAAAGAAAACAAAAAAGUUUAUUUAUGCUAUAAAUGAUGAAGCAUCCUGUCAAAGAAAAAAAAUGCAGAAAGACCAAAAAGAAGAACUAACUAGCCAUUCAGCCCAGUUUGAAGGAGACACUUUUGAAGCAUCACUUACAUUUGCAAAUGCUGAUGCAGGUUUCUUGCAUUCUUCUGUCAAAAGAACCUGUUUACAUAAUGAUCCUGAAGAGUCAACCUUUUUAACCAACUCUUCUGGGACAAAUCUGAGAAAAUGUUCCAAUAAUGAAAGUAGUUAUGCUAAUACAAUAAUAUCUCAAGAUCUUAAGUAUAAAGAGGCAAAACUUAAUAAAGAAAAACUACAGUCACUUAUAUCCCCAGAAACUGACUUUUUGUCAUGCCUGCAGAAAAGACAGUGUGAAGAUGAUCCAAAAAGCCAGAAAGUUUUAGAUAUAAAGGAAAAUGUCUUGGUUGCAGCAUAUCAGCCUGAAGUUCAGCAUUCAGAAGUAGAAUAUAGUGGUAUUCCAUUUCAAUCACAGAAAAGCUUUUUUGAUGGCCAUGAUAAUACCAACCCUCUUAUAUUAACUCCUAGCUCCAAGGAUCCUCUUUCAAAUCCAGUUCUGAUUUCUAAAGGAGAAGAAUCAUAUAAAAUAUCAGAGGAACUAAAAUGUAAGAAUUGCCACACUGGUAUUGAAUUAGCUGAAAAUAAUUUCCUUGAAAAAAAUCAAGAAAUGUGUGUUUUAAGUGGAAAUUAUAAAAAAGUUGAGCUGUUGCCACCUGAAAAAUAUAUAACAGCAGCAUCACCUUCAGUGAAGAUGCCAUUCAACUAUAAUACAAAGCUAACAGUAAUCCAAAAAGACCAAGAAGAAACUUCUGUAAUUUCAGAAAUGACUGCCAAUCCAAACUCUGAAGACCUUUUCUCAGGCAGUGAGAAUAAUUUUGUCUUUCAAGUAACUGAUGAAAGGAAUAGUCCUGUUUUAGAAAAAACUAAGGAAAUUCAUAGAUCAGGCUUUACUUUUAUGAAAGAGCCCUUUCUCCAGAACUCUGCCAUGGUAGUGAAUACAGACAUAGGUGAGAAACAAGCGGUCCAAGUGUGGAUUACUGAAGAUUUUGACCCAUCAAAUACAAUACACGAUCUUAAAGAGAACAAAAAUAGUGUAAAGCACCAUCUUACUUCAGGUCAAGACCUGAAAUCAAAUAUCUCCUUGGGUGUGAAACCAAACAAGAAUAAUGAUUACACACACAAAAUGACAGGGGUUUUAGAUCCAGCUUUGAGUCACAGUUUUGGAGGUAGCUUCAGAACAGCUUCCAAUAGAGAAAUAAAAGUCUCAGAACAUAACAUUAAGAAAGGCAAAAUGGUCUUCAGAGAUAUUGAAGAACAAUAUCCUACUAGUUCGGCUUCUGUUGAAAUUGUAAAUAUCUUAUUAAAUAGCCAAAAUACAUUUAAAAAACCUCAUGUGUUUGAUUCACAGGCAGCUAGUACUGUGUCUACCUGUGACCAGAGUAGUGGAUCUGUUUUUGAUUGUGAAAGUAACCAUCCAGCCUCCCGGAUGUUAUCUCCAAAGCAAGAUUUUAAUUCAAACCAUAAUUUAACACCUAGCCAAAAGGCAGAAAUUACAGAACUUUCUACUAUAUUAGAAGAAUCAGGAAGUCAGUUUGAAUUUACACAGUUCAGAAAACCAAUCCACUUACUACAGAGUAAUACACUUGAAGUGCCUGGAAUCCAGAUGACUGCCCUAAGUACCACUUCUGAGGAAUUGAAAGAUGUUGAUCUUCAUCCUGUAAUUGAUGCCUCAUCUAUCAGUCAGGUAGAUAGGAAAAAAUUGGAAGGAGCAUUUGGAGAAAAACAAAAGUUUGCUUGUUUGUUGAAAAACAAUACUAACAAAAGUGCCACUGGUUUUUUAACAAAUGAAGUAGAGUUUGGAGGUUUUUAUUCUGCUCUUGGCAUGACAAAACUGAAUGUUUCUCGUGAAGCUCUACAAAAAGCCUCAAAACUGUUCAGUGACAUUGAGAAUAUUAGUGAGGAGACUUCUGCUGAGGUAGAUCCAAGUUUCUCUUCAAGUAAAUGUUAUGAUUCUGUUUCAGUGCUUAAGAUAGAAAAUCAUAACAGUGAUAAAAAUUUAAAUGAGAAAAACAGUUGCCAACUAGUAUUACAAAACAAUGCUGAAAUGACUACUGGCGUUUUUGUUGAAGAAAAUACUGGAAAUUGUGUGAGAAAUACAGAAAAUGAAGAUAACAAAUACAUUAGUGCCGGUGGAAAUAUUUGUAAAUUGGGAAGAUCUGGUGGCACCAAUUCAAGUAAGGAUGAUACUGUUUGUAUUCAUAAAGAUAAAAGUGAUUUGCCAUGUAAUGAUCAGCACAAUAUACAUCCUAAAUUAUCUAGCCAGUUUAUGAGUGAGGUAAACACAGAACUUAAAGAAACUUUAUCAGAUUUAACUUGUUUGGAAGUUGUAAAGGCUGAAGAGACGUGUUAUAUUAAUUCAAAUAAAGAAUGGUUAACUACAGGUGAGGUGGAGCAAUAUACAAACAACUGUGAUACAUCCUUUCAGACUGCAAGUGGGAAAAAUAUCAGAGUCACCAAAGAGUCAUUAAAUAAAGUUGUACAUUUCUUUGAUCAAAAAACAGAAGACUGGAAUGACUUUUCAGAUUCCUUAAAUUCUAAAUUACUUUCUGGCAUAAAGAACGAAAUGGACAUUUCAAGUCAUGGGGAAACAAAUAUGAAAAAUAAAGUAUUGGGAGAAAGUACCCCAGCUGGUACUGGAACUCAGUUGAGUCACCUGCAGCAACCUGAAUCUCAAAUAAAAAAUAUCGAAGAACCUAACCUGUUGGGCUUUUAUACAGCUAGUGGGAAAAAAGUAAAUAUUGCAAAGGAGUCUCUGGACAAAGUGAAAAAUCUUUUCGAUGAAAACCAGCAAGAUGUUAGUAAAAUUACCAAAUUGAGUCAGCAAGUUGGAAUGCCCCUACAAGACAGAGAGGACUGCAAAGAAGGGCUUGAAUUGGCAUGUGAGACGGUUGAGAUAACAGCUAUCCCAAAGCAUGAAGAAAUGCCCAGCCUAAGUAAUAGUAUACACAGACAAACUGAAAAUCUUAAAACAUCAAAUAGUAUCUCUUUGAAAGUUAAAGUACAUGAAAAUGUAGAAAAACAAAUAGUAAAUCCCCCUACAACUUCUUGCACAAAUCAGUUCCCUUAUUCAGCUGUUAAAGAUUCGCCUUUAGCAUUUUACACAGGACAUGGUAAAAAAAUUUCUGUGAAUGCGGCUUUACUCUUUGAGGCAACAAAGUGGCUUAACAGAAAAUUGGAUGAUGAACACGAAGAAAUGAAUACUGCUAAGGUUGUGUGUGUAAAGGAAUAUUCUCGGGAUGAUGUGAGAAAUCCUUCAAAUAAAAUUAGUUCAAGCAGUAUCAUAACUGAAAAUGACAAAGUUCCUCUCUCUGAAAAACAAAAUUUAACUCAUUUGAGUAACAGUAGCAUAUCUGACAGCUGCCAUGCUGAUGUUUGUCAUUCUGAUGAUACAUAUGAUGAUUCAGGCUAUCUCUCAAAAAAUAAAAUUGAUUCUGGUAUUGAUUUAGUCAUGAACGUCAAAGAUAAAAAUAGCAGUGGUUUUUCUGAAGUAGUAUCCUCUAUGAAAGAAGUAAACACAUCUCCACAAGCCAUAAAUGAAGGUGUUUGUGUUCAGAAACCUGUGACUAGCUCUUCACCAAGCAAAAAUAAAAACACAGACAUUAACUUGACUAUAUCUGAUUCAGAUAAUUUUGAGGUAGGGCCACCUGCAUUCAGUACAGCCAGUGGUAAAAUGGUCUUUGUUUCACAAGACUCAAUUAAGAAAGUUAAAAAGAUAUUUACAGACAACUGCAAUAAGAUAAUUAACCAAGACACUGAGAAUAAAUCAGACACUUGCCAAAGAAAAAUUGUGACAGCUUCUGAUAAGGCAUUGGAUAAUUCAGAGGAUGUUAUUUUUCCUAACUCUGUAGAUGAUGAAUGUGUGCAUUCAUGUAAGAGUUUUGCAGAUACUCAAAGUGAAGGUUUACAUCAUAACAAAAGCAUGUCUGGGUUGCAGAUAGUUUCUGAAAGACCAUCUUGUGUUAGCCUGAAAGCUUCAGAUAUAUGUAAACUUAAUAAUAUAGGGAAGCUUCCCAAGUCAGUCUCUUGUACAGAUGUUUGUGGGAUUUUUAGCACAGCAAGUGGAAAAUCUGUAGACGUAUCAGAUGGUUCAUUACAAAAGGCAAGACAGAUGUUUUCUGAAACAGAAGAUAGUGCCAAGCAACUGUUUUCCAAAGUAUUUAAAAGUAAUGAACAUUCAGACCAAUUCACAAAAGAAGAAAAUACUGUAAUGCAUACCCCACCAAAAAUAGUAUCACCUCCAAAAAACUUCCAUCAUAAUGCAAGUUCAUCUGCUUUCUCUGGAUUUAGCACAGCAAAUGGAAAACUGGUUUCAAUUUCAGAAAGUGCCUUACACAAAGUUAAGGGAGUGUUAGAGGAAUUUGAUUUAAUAAGAACUGCUUAUACUCUUGGGCAUUCACCUUCAUCUAGACAAGAUGUAUCAAAAAUGCCUGUUUGUAUUGAUAAGAGAACCCCAGGAGACUUUAAAACGGAAAAAGACUACAGCGAUGAAUUUAAAUUAUCAGGUAACUGUAAUACUGAAAGCAGUUCAUCAGAAAGUAAUCACUCUGUUAAAGGUUCUCCCUGUCUCUCUCAGUCUAAGCAAGACAGACACUUGGUCUUGGGAACCAAAGCUUCACUUUUUGAGAACACACAUCUUUUGAGGAAAGAACAGGCUUUCCCCCAAAAUGUAAUGGAAAUUGGUAAAACUGAAACUUUUUCUAAUGACUCUUCACAAACAAGUGCAGAGGUGUGUUCUCCUUAUCCCAAAGAACAAAAAAACUACUUUGAAACAGAAGCAGUAGAGAUUGCCAAAGCUUUUAUGGAAGAUGAUGAGCUGACUGAUUCUGAACCACCAGGUCAUCCUAAGCACUCACUUUUUACAUGCCAAAAAAAUGAGAGGGUUUUGUUAAAUCCAAGAAGGGGAAAAAGAAGAGGAGAUGCCCUUUUUUCAGUUGGAGAAUCCCAAAUCAAAAGAAGCUUGUUAAAUGAAUUUGACAGGAUAAUAGAAAAUGAAGAAAAAUCUUUAAAAGCUUCCAAGUGCACUCCAGAUGGUACAAUAAAAGAUAGAAAGCUGUUUAUGCAUCACAUUUCUUUACAGCCAGUUACCUGUGGACCCACUUGCAAAAGUAACGACCAGCAAGAGAUCCAGAACCUAAAUUUCAUUGCACCUGAUCAAAAAUUUCUGUCUAAAUCUCAUCUUUGUGAACACUCGACUUUGGAAAAAUCUUCAAACAGUGUACCAAUUUCAAGACAGCCUUUUUAUAAAGUUCCUACUAUAAGAAAUGAAAAAAUGAGAUACUCAACCACUACAGGCAAAGCAAUGAAAGUGUUUGUUCCACCUUUCAAAACUAAAUCAUGUUUUCACGGAGAUGAAUAUUGUGUGAGCAAGGAUAUUAAUUUAGAGGAAAACAAACAAAAGCAACAAAAUAGAGAUGAAUAUGGCUCUGGCGGUAGUGAAAAUAGUGGUACUGACAGUGAGAUUCAUCAGCUUAACAAAAACAGCUCCAGUCAAGCAACAGUCCACAUUUUCACAGAGUGUAAAGAACCUUUAGCAGAUUUAAUUACAAGCCUUCAGAAUGCCAGAGAAGCACAGGAUAUUCGAAUUAAAAAGAAACAAAGGCAGCAUAUCUUUCCACAGCCAGGUAGUCUGUAUCUUGCAAAAACAUCCACUCUGCCUCGAAUCUCCCUGAAAGCAGCAGUAGGAGGCCGAGUUCCCUCUGCGUGUUCUCAUAAACAGCUCUAUAUGUAUGGUGUAUCCAAACACUGUAUGAAAAUUAACAGCAAAAAUGCAGAAUCUUUUCAGUUUCACACCCAAGAUUACUUCAGUAAGGAAGAUUUACAGGCUGGAACGGGAAUACAGUUGGCUGAUGGUGGAUGGCUUAUACCCGACAAUGAUGGAAAGGCUGGGAAGGAAGAAUUUUAUAGGGCCCUGUGUGACACCCCGGGUGUGGAUCCGAAGCUUAUUUCCAGAGUUUGGGUCUAUAAUCACUACAGAUGGGUUAUAUGGAAACUGGCAGCUAUGGAGUUUGCUUUUCCUCAGGAAUUUGCAAAUAGAUGCCUAAGUCCGGAAAGGGUCCUUCUUCAACUGAAAUACAGAUAUGACAUGGAAAUUGAUAGAAACAGACGAUCAGCUAUAAAAAAGAUAAUGGAAAGGGAUGAUACAGCUGCAAAAACACUUGUCCUCUGUCUUUCUGACAUUGUUUCAUCCAACACAAAUACAUCUGAAACUUUGAGCAAUAAAACUAGUAAUGCAGAUGCCAAGAAAGUGGCCGUUGUCGAGCUUACAGACGGGUGGUAUGCUGUCAAGGCCCAGCUAGACCCUCCGCUCUCAGCUCUUGUAAAGAACGGGAGACUGGCUGUGGGUCAGAAGAUCAUUGUCCAUGGAGCAGAGCUGGUGGGCUCUCCUGAAGCCUGUGCACCUCUUGAAGCCCCAGAUUCUCUUACGUUAAAGAUUUCAGCUAAUAGCACUCGGCCUGCUUGCUGGUACACCAAACUUGGGUUCUUUCCCGACCCUAGGCCUUUCCCCCUGUGCCUGUCGUCACUGUUCAGUGAUGGAGGAAAUGUUGGCUGUGCUGAUGUCAUCAUUCAAAGAGUAUACCCUAUACAGUGGAUGGAGAAGACAUCAUCCGGAUUAUACAUAUUUCGCAAUGAAAGAGAAGAAGAGAAGGAAGCAGCAAAACAUGCAGAGGCCCAACAAAAGAAACUGGAAGUCUUAUUCACUAAAAUUCAAGCACAGUUUGAAGAGCGUGAAGCAGACACAGCAAGAUGGUGUGCACCAUCACAUGCACUAACGAGACAGCAAGUCCGCGCGCUGCAGGACGGUGCAGAGCUUUAUGAAGCGGUGAGGCGGGCCCCGGACCCGGAUUACCUGGAGGGUUAUUUCAGUGAAGAGCAGUUAAGAGCAUUGAACAAUUACAGACAGACGUUGAAUGAUAAAAGACAAGCGCAGAUCCAGUUGGAGUUCAGGAAGGCCAUGGAGUCUGCUGAGCAGGGGGGACAAGGUCUAUCAAGAGAUGUCACAACUGUGUGGAAGUUGCGUGCUGUAAGUUAUAAGAGAAAAGAAAAUUAUUCAGUUAUAUUGAAUAUUUGGCGACCGUCAUCAGAUUUACAUUCACUCUUAACAGAGGGAAAGAGAUACAGAAUCUAUCAUCUUGCAGCAUCAAAAUCCAAAAGUAAAUCUGAAAGAGCCAACAUACAGUUAACAGCAACAAAAAAAACUCAGUAUCAACAACUCACGGCUUCAGAUGAAAUAUUAUUCCAGGUUUAUCACCCAAGGGAGGCCCUUUGCUUCAACAGACUUUUAGACCCAGACUUUCAGCCAUCUUGUUCUGAAGUGGACCUCAUAGGAUUUGUAGUUUCUGUUGUGAAAAAAAUAGGUCUUGCUCCUCUGGUGUAUCUGACAGAUGAAUGCUAUAAUUUUUUGGCAAUAAAAUUUUGGAUUGAUCUUAAUGAAGAUAUUAUUAAGCCUCACAUGUUAAUUGCUGCAAGCAACCUUCAGUGGCGACCAGAAUCCUGCUCUGCAAUUCCUACUUUAUUUGCUGUAGAUUUUUCCAUGUUUUCUGCCAGUCCAAAAGAGGGCCACCUUCAAGAGAGAUUCAACAAAAUGAAAACUGUUGUUGAGAAUGUUGACACAUUUUGCAAUGAUGCAGCAAAGACGCUCACACAUUUACUCAAUGUAAACGAUCCCAAGUGGUCUACCCCAUCUAAAGACUGUACUUCAGAGCCACACCCUGCACACACAGUCCUGGGUACAGGAAACAAGUGCCUGAUGUCUUCUGGUAGUGAGAUGAAUUACCAGAGUCCUUUAUCACUUUGUUCGCCAAAAGGAAAAUCUGCGUCUACCCCCAUAUCAGCCCAAAUAACUUCAAAGUCCUGCGAAAGGGAGAAAGCAGUGAGUGACCCAAAAAACUGCAAGAAGAGACGAGCCCUGGACUUCCUGAGCCGAGUGCCUUUACCUCCCCCCGUGAGCCCCAUUUGCACGUUUGUUUCCCCAGCCGCACAGAAGGCCUUUCAGCCACCACGGACUUGUGGCACCAAGUACGAGACACCUAUGAAGAAAAAGGAACUGAAUUUUUCUCAGAUGACUCCACUUAAAGAAAAAGUUUCUCUUUCAGAAAGCAACUCAAUAGCUGAUGAAGAACUUGCAGUGAUAAAUACCCAAGCCCUCUUGUCUGGUUCUGCAGGAGAAAAUCUACUUUCACCUAUCCGUGAAUCCAGGAGGACUGCUCCUUCCAGUUCAGAAGAUAAUCUUGGACAAAAAAGCCAUUACACUGUGUCUCUGGUCAGAGGACAAGAGAAGUCCCCAGCCAGCACAGAAGAAUGUAAGAGCAACGUGCAGAACACAAGCAGGAUAAAGAAUUUAUCUAAGAGAUUGCAAAGGCAACAAAAACAUAAAUGACAAUGGUUACUGACUCUUAACCUGUCCGGUGUAUACUACAGUCUCAAACUGCCUAUCAGUAUUUUCAUAACAAGAAAAGCUAUGAGUAAUAGUUUCACAGUGGCCUAUUUGCAGAUCACAGAUGUUCUUUGCUUGAUUCUGUUUUCAACUGUGUAUCUUAAAAUUGUACAUUUAUUAAUAGAACUCAUUUAAAUCUUUCAUUGGACCUGAUCGCAGCAAAUAUUAUUUUACAAAUAAAUAGACCUUGUACAGUGUA